GACAAAGUUUCCACUUCAAGUGACUUGGUCUUUCUGCUUGGUGGCGCGGUGUUUGGUCGAUUAUCUUAUUGCUUUAUUUGAACAAUGUCCGAAGAGUGGAAAAAACGGUGUGAAAACCAUGUAGAUGAACACAAAAGCUUAAAACAUUUACAUAUAACGGAUCACCAGGGAACUCCCUACGGCUCAUCUAGUCCUGAUUUCCAACUAUCUCCCGAGUUUGUGCUUCAGCUCAAAUCAUUACUUACUGAUGACAAAGACACCUCUUUUACUUUCAUGAAUGAAAAGUACAUCAUCAUACGACGCGAUCCGACUAGUUUUAUCAGCAGAUGUCUCAAGAAGUCAAUUUUAUUCCAUAUCACACCAAAACGUUAGUCUCAUUCCAUGUGCAUUUGUUACUUGGACUUUUUAUCUUUUAUUUAUCUUGACCAAUAGGUCAAGAUGAUUAGUUAUCUGAUUAAACGCCAUUUUAUGAUAAUUCUUGGUAAAUGACGAAUUGAUUCACUUGUAUGUCGAUAAAAUAGUGUAACACAUUUUCCAAGUGAAGGUUAAUAUACUGUAUUUGAAAUCAUUUUGUGAAGACGAAUCAUACUGCUCGAUUUUGAAACCAUAUUUGGAACGGGGGUUUCGAUACGCUUCAUAGCUACUAAAAGUUAAGUGUUUCAACCACUCAGUGAGUAAAUGUAGGCACAGUACGUCUUGGUGUUUAUUGGUUAAUGUCGGAUCAUAAUUUGAAGUAUAAAUGAACUUUGUUGAAGUACUUUUAUUCUAGUUUAACUAAGCGUUUCCAAGGAAAACUCGCGUCAGGACGUUCGCAAUUUGAUUGAAAAGUAUAUUUUUUACUAAGCCAUUAGUAAGCGGUUUGCUCAUUUAUAACCCUUGUUGUUGGACCUCGGUUUUUUAUUGUAAUUAUUUGUAGUAAUCUCAAUGUUUUCUAACGUAGACGUGUGCCGUAAUCUAAAACUGUAUAUAGUAAAUGGACGACCUUGUGCAAGUAGUAACGUGCUUUAAUUAGUUUCCCGAUUAUAAGCAGAUAUGUGUUCCAUUUCAUUUUGGGGUCGUAUUGAUGUACAGCAUAUGACAGUUUGGACUGAAUUUAACCAGUGAUACGAAGCAGUUGAUAUCAGUCUCGCUAUUCAAAGUGUCUCUAUUUGUGUCUUAUCAUUUCAAAGUACUUGCAAAACUGGCACGACUUCUGUUUGGUAUGAGAUAAGCGGAGAAGACUGGUGUCAUAUGCGAACCACUUUGCAUCAGUAAUGCCAGAGUUGUUCUAUCUAUUGACAAUUAGUUGAAGUACAGUAUGACGUCAGUUGCGCUGCCUAGCACGGAGGUUAUGUGGGACUUACUCAUGUAAAGUCGACCAUAUUUUUAUGAUAAUAUGAAAUGUAGGGUUAAGAUGAAACUUCCAAUGUAAAACGACAUCUAUAUCCGGGUUAUUUGGUCGUACCAUUUAAUAGAAAUUAGUUUUGCUGUAGGUACGGUAGACCCUAUCUACAUUUAAUUUAGUUAGCUCUCCAUCCGAUCAUUGUCCAGUAAUUUACAUCCUCCCAUUAAUUGUGCAAACAAAUAUUUUAUUCAUUUUUAUUUAUUUUACAAUAUUUGCAUAUAAGUGACUGUUUUAUUUACUCAAAUAAUUCAGUCGGCCAGCGGUUCUGUCUUUUGAUGUUCAUUCAGUUGCGAUUUGAGGACUCAAAAAGUCAAAGUGGAUAAAAUCAACAGGAUGGAUUCCGUGAGUAUUGUCUAUUCAGCCAUCUCUCUUCAGUGUUCAUUCGAUCGGCGUUCGCUCUCAAUCAAAAUGAAGGUUGUUACAGGUUUGUAAAUUGGCCGUAUCCUGCACCCAUUUUGUGAGGGAUAUUACUGUAAAUUUUUUGGUUAGUCUUUUGCUAAACAACUCAAGUAUUGCUCAUCAGGAAUACUGUCCUAUUCUGACUUCUUGCUGCAUACUUCUCAAAUGCAUUCAUACAGUAAUUACUAAUGCAUUUAUUGUUCUAAACAUUUUAUUUUCAGUUUGCUUGGUUGGACAGACUGUCGACGAUAUUCUAAAUAAUUGCAAUCCAGGAAACCAUGCAAUGAGCUGUAUUUGCGAUUAUUACAAGAAAUAUAAUUACUAAUUAACUUUGCGUACGAUGCAAUACAUCGUUCCUCUGAUGUAUUUGAUUGAUACACCAAUAAAUAAUGCCCAUGUAUUAACCUUUGCUUGUUUCCAUUUUUGAACUAUUCAUUUUUGUCUGUAGGGUUUUAUCUAAUUCGAUUUAAGGUUUAGUGCUGCUACCACCAACUUAUAGCACAGGUGUUUGUGUUUGCUCAGAUCACCAUUUUCCAUGUUUUAAAAAAUGAAUGUUUACUAGAUUGUAAUUUAAGUGCUAUAGCUUCCUUUCUAAAAUCCAAUGGAGUGUGUUUCGUCUGUAAAGAUUUUUGAUACUUCAAUAUUUUGAAAGUUCUUAUGCAUUAUCAUUAGCUUGCUUGUUUUCAUGAAUUGGUUUCAUAUAUUUACCAAAAUUUUAAAUCGCUAAACUAUCGCCACUACCUGAAUAAGGGAACUGUAUUUUGUUAUAAUUGGAUUAUUAAAUCAACACCUUUGCU